AUGUACAAUCAAGUCUAUGUGUCCAAUGAGGAGGACGGAUUCAGAAUUCUUCUUGGUAAUUCUAUGGGGACUCUUGGUAACGCCAUGAUGCCAAGCGAGUCCAAGUUUCAUCAGAAUGGAUCCAGAUUUACCACCAUAGACAAGGAUCAGGACGAAUUUCCGGAGAACUGUGCCGUGAGGUUUGGGGGAGGGGGGUGGUGGUAUAAAAUCUGUUAUAAGGCCCAGCUGACGGGACAGUACGGGACCACGGAUUGGGCGUGGCCCUGGUAUCCCACGUUUACUGACGGCACCGCCAUAAAAACUGUCAAAAUGAUGUUAAGGAGAAAGGCGUUAUAA